GUAAACACGGAACAGCUGAUGGGUCCACGCUGGCUCAGAUAAACAAAGCGACGCUUCAGGGAUAGACGUCCAGAACUGCGUGGAAACUUCGAGACUUCGCUAGAUUUCUCCUCAAAUUUUCGUGCUUAGGAAUUGUUAAAUUUCAUUUCGCAGAAGGAGUCCCCAUUUGUUAUUUACAACCCAGCCAUGGGAAGCACAGAGGAGAUAACAAAAAUGAGGUCUGUCAAGAAGAAAUUGGAUAUGGAGGGUGAAGAAUCAGAUUCUUCAAAGUCAAAGGGAACAUCAGGUGAUGCAAGUCCAGACCCCUUGGAACAUGGAAUUGAUGAUGACUUGAAGCCACUAGCAGAGGGAGAGGCCAAGAUCUCUAAAAGUGACACAGAGAGUGACAAUGAGAGUGAGAAAGGGGCCUGCAAACCAAGAGAUAAGUCUUCUGAGGGGAUAGAUGUUCAAGGUGCUCGCUUCCGAAAUGACAGUGAGAGCUCAUCGGAAAGUGGCAAAUCUCCAAGUUCAGAGCGCAUGAAGAGAUCACCCAACGAGAUUCCUUGGCUUGGCUCGAUGUUUGCCAGUCCCCAUGUUUUCCGCAUAAUUGGUGCUGGCAUUAAAAGGCAACGGACUGUAAGUGGCUCCUCCCCGGUUCAAAACUUCAUCUUCCCAGGCGUUGCAGCAUCUCCUCCUAAAUUCAUUGUCCUUAGAGGAAGUCAUGAAAGCAGCAAAGGGAGUCAGCAACAUGAUAACAGCGUUGAGAAGCAGCUAUUAUGGGUCAUGUGGCAAACUGUAUAUAUUGAUAUACUAAUGUAUUGUAGUUUCAACUGCACACCUUGUCUUGAUAUUGAAAAAUUCUCUAUAGUAAAGUUCGAAGUCCGGGACAACCUUUUAGACAUCACCCUUCCUCACCACACUCGUUUGCGACAGGAAAUCUCAGACACCUUGGAUGUUGAUUUGAUCAAACAGCAGGCAGAGCAUGGUGUAUUAGAUUUUAGUCAGUAUUCACAGUAUGUACUUUCCAUUAUGGCUCGCCUCUGUGCUCCUGUUCGGGAUGAAACUAUCCGUAACCUUAUGAGAGAAACAGAAAUUGUGACGGUGUUUCGUGGCGUGAUGGAGACUCUAGACUUAAUGCGUCUUGAUAUGGCAAACUUCACCAUUCAGCAAAUCAGGCCUCACAUCAUUGCACAGAGUGUAACUUAUGAGAAGAAGAAAUUUGCUGAGUUCCUCAAGACACAAAAUGAUGGCCUGGAGUUGACGAGAGAUUGGCUUAUAAACCAUGUUAGAGAAGACGACAUUGAAGGGGCAGAUGAACUUUCGAUGAGAGGAAUAGUAGGAUCGGUCAUCAGUCGAGCUUACUUGGAAUCCUGUCAUGGUCGGAUGAGAAACUGUUACCAGAGACUGUGGUAAUGGAUGGUGGCAGAAUCUUCGAGCUUCGUGACCGCCUAAGCCAAGUUUGCAUCCUAGGUUCAGUGUUGCUGGUCACAAUGUCCUCAGUGGGACCCAUGAUCACUCAAGCAGAUGCCUUCAAGCUCAAACUAAAA